CAGUUUUGGUUUGAAUUGUCCUCAUGUUAAGAGAAAGCCUGAGCUGGAUAGGGAUGAUAUCUUUUCUCCUCUUGCUUAAUGUACCUUAUCUCCAUAUUUUUCUGUCAGCCGUCAUCGUAUGUCCCUCUGCCAGCUAGAAAGAACCCAGUGGUCUCGGCAGCAACCUGGGUUUUAUUUUCAUUUUGGCUGUUUGUUUUGUUGGCUUCUGUGAGGAAAUCUGACAAAAGAGCAACUGUCUGUUGUUUUAUUUUCUUUUGAGUCUUUGCCCGAGGAACCUCACCAAGGCCUGAUGGGAGUAUCGAGGGGGCUGUGAUUGUCUUGUUUUGUGAGUUGGUGUUGUGGACCACGAUGAGACUGCCACAGUCGGAUCCGGUACAGAACAUGUUCCUCCUACUAAUUUUGAGCCUGGGAAUGCAGCUUCAACAGACAGUAGCUUUGUUCACAGUGACCGUCCCAAAGGAAAUGUACGUGGUAGACUACGGCAGCAAUGUGACCUUGGAGUGUGAUUUUGACACUGGAGGUCAUGUGGAACUUGAAAUUUUAAAAGCCAGUUUGCAAAAAGUGGAAAAUGAUACAGUCUUGCUCAGUGAAAGAGCCACCUUGCUGGAGGAGCAGCUGCCCCUGGGGAAGGCCUUGUUCCUCAUCCCCCAAAUCCAGCUGAAGGAUGCAGGGCAGUACCGCUGCCUGAUCAUCUAUGGGAUUGCCUGGGACUACAAGUACCUGACGCUGAAAGUCAAACCUUCCUACAAGAAAAUACACACUCGCCACCUCAAGGUCCCAGGGACAGAUGAGGUGGAGCUCACCUGCCAGGCUGAAGGCUAUCCCCUGGCAGAAGUGUCUUGGCCAAACAUCAGUAUUCCUGCCAUCACCAGCCAUACCAAGACCUCUGAAGGCCUCUACCAGGUCACCAGUGUUCUGCGCCUAAAGCCACACCCAGGCAGGAAUUUCACCUGUGUGUUCUGGAAUGCCGAUAUGAAGGAACUCACUUCGGCCACCAUUGUCCAAGGUCCUAUGGAAGACCCCAAGAUCCCUCCAUCUUCACUGCUUCAUGUUUUCAUUCUCUCCUUCAUCAUUGCUUUCAUGUUCAUAGCCACAAUGGUAGCCCUAAGAAAACGACUCUUGCAGAAGUUGUAUCCUAGAGAAGAUGCAACAAAAAGAUCUGCCACCAUGGUAAGGAAAGAAAUAGACAGAGCUAUUUGAACCUGUGGUCUCAGGAGCUGGGGUGACCUGAUAGGACAUCCUCAAGAAACUUCUAGACUCUGAGCAAGAAUCCCCUGGCCUGCAGAACUUCUUGUUUGUACUUUUCAAUUGUCUUUGUAUAAACCAGCACUUUAUUCUGGAGACUGCAGCACGACUAGGCAGCACCUACCACCGUGUAACGGAAAGUCAGGCGACUGCCCCUCCACUGAUCUGGGCUCCUUCCCCCACAGCCCGUGGCUCCAUGCACACACUACUGCACUUUAGAAAACAACCACACUGGAUCCUGGACCCCACUGAGGGUCCUCUGGCUCUUUCUUUUUUCCAGACUGGAAACAGAGGGAAUUAUUUCCCCUUAAGUUUCCAAAGUGGUUUCCAGAAGCAGAGACAAGUAGAAGUUUCCAGUUACAGAAAUGGACAGAAGAUUGCCAGUAGAGUUAUUUUUAUGUGUAGUUUCCUCUGGAUACUGAACAAGCCUGUUGAGACUGUGAGUUCACAGACAGGACUUUAUACAAAGUCAAGCCAUAAUUGACAUGUUUUAUGGUUUACAGGAAGCCAGAAAACAUCUGAGUUGUUUUAAUGAAGUGUUUAAGCAUUGAAGUACACAGAGUGGUCAACUACAGAUUGUGGAGAAAAACCAUUGAGUAUUUUUCUGAGAUCUAAAUCACAAAGCAUUGAUUUUAACUUGUAAUGGCACUGUGUUGAAUGGUAUUUUAAAAGCAAAUGCAAACUACAUCUUUCCUUCAAAAAAUCCUGUCUUCUUAACCUUGGAAGCCAAUCAUACACAUUUUGAGUUUUGUCAUACUAAUAUACUAUUUCUGCAAAAAUUUCAGAUGAGUAGCUAUAAUGGUCAAAGCACCAAACUAAGGCUCCUUUCCUAGCCUUCUCUUUGACUCUAAACUUAACCUUUCAGUAGCUCAGUUUUCAGGUCUGUGAUAGAGUGAUGGCCACUAGCUAUGGCCUCUGAUGGUCAGUACUAGAAAUCCUAUGGGACUGCAUUAUCACGUGUCAAGGAGGAGGGUAGCUGAAUGUGGUCCAUCGGGCUGAUCAUGUUCAAUUUGGUCUUUGUGCUAGAACAUUCAAGGCAUUAGCUAACCUAUGAACUAUCCAAAUGUAAACAUUAUCAAGCAUAACAUGAUGAACGGGCUUCAAGCAAACUCUUUUAACUGAUGCACAGACUUAAGAAUAAUUUUAGGUUAAUGAGAAUGAAGGGGGGUAAAAGUAACAGACAAUUAUGUAACAUCUUAGUUUCUUCUGUUCAAAAUCAAAGAAUACCAUUGAAGAAUAAAACUCAGUUCUUCAAAAUGUU